GUAAACUAGUAUUUAAACUAUGUUCAAUCGAAUACGUAUUUCAAAAUCAUGAAGCUUGCAGUGCUAUUAAGUGUAGUGGCGGUUUGCCAUACAGCAACUGUGAAACACGAGAGGAGGUUCCCCGAUGACUUCAUUUUCGGCUGCGCAACAGCCGCAUACCAAGUAGAAGGAGCUUGGAAUGAAGAUGGUAAAGGUGAAAACAUCUGGGAUUACCUGACACACACCAACCCAACUGUGAUCAGAGAUCAGAGCAAUGGUGACGUCGCGGCCGACUCGUACCACCACGUGGAACGCGACGUUGAGAUGAUGCGCGAGCUGGGGCUAGAUGCGUACCGCUUCUCUCUCUCCUGGUCCAGGAUCCUCCCCACGGGCUUCGCCAAUGAAGUGAACCAAGCCGGCAUCAACUACUACAACAACCUCAUUAACGAAAUGCUCAAAUACAACAUCCAACCUAUAGUCACUAUGUACCACUGGGAUUUGCCGCAGAGGCUGCAAGAAUUAGGAGGAUUUAUAAACCCAUUGAUCGCCGACUGGUACGAAGACUACGCAAAAGUGGUAUUCGAUAACUUUGGCGAUAGAGUGAAGCUCUGGAUUACAUUCAACGAGCCUCGAGAGAUCUGCUAUGAAGGUUAUGGUGCCACAGGCUUGGCGCCCAUACUCAAUGCUACUGGUGUAGGAACUUACAUCUGCGCCAAAAAUCUCGCCAUUGCCCAUGCCAAGGCUUACCACCUGUACAACAACGAGUACAAGGCGAGGCAGGGCGGCGAGUGCGGCAUCACCAUCAGUGUCAACUGGUUCGGACCUCUCACCGACUCCGAAGAAGACGAGUUCGCUGCCGAACUCAGACGCCAAGCGACGUGGGGUCUCUACGCUGAACCUAUCUUCUCUGCCGAAGGAGGUUUCCCUAAAGAGCUUGCUGCACGUGUUGCCGAAAAGAGCGCCGAACAGGGAUUCCCGUGGUCCCGCAUGCCGGAAUUCACUGAUGAAGAAAAGAAGUUCGUGAGGGGCACUUCGGAUUUCUUCGGCGUCAAUCACUACACUGCCUUUUUGGUAUCUGCCACAAAACACAUUCAGCAACACGCCGUGCCGUCUCUCUUGGACGACAUCGGCGUUGGUUCCUACGUGCCUCCUGAAUGGAUGAAAUCUGCUUCAUCGUGGUUAACCCUGGCCCCCAACAGUAUUUACAACGCCCUCACACAUCUGGCCAGCAAAUAUAACAACCCAGUGUUCUACAUCACUGAGAACGGCUGGUCCAACGACCCGACCGCCAGCCUCGAGGAUGACGACCGCGUCACCUACUACCGUGCCGCGCUCGAGAGCGUACUCAACACCCUGGACGCUGGCGUCAAUCUCAAGGGGUACAUGACCUGGAGUCUCAUGGACAACUUCGAGUGGUUGAAGGGAUACACAGAACGUUUUGGCCUAUACGAGGUAGACUUCAGCAGUCCAGAGCGCACUCGCACCCCUCGCAAGUCCGCCUUCGUCUACAAGGAGAUUUUGAGGACCCGCACCAUAGAUAACAGCUACGAACCGUCAUCACUCAUCAUGACCAUAGAUGAAGGUCACUGAAAUAAGACUUUUAAUACUUUUAAAUUUAAUAUACAAUAAAAUAUUUUGUAUGAAACA